UUUUGAAAACUUAAACCGGAAGUCUUGUUAGUUCUUCUGCGCAACUCAACACUGUUCAUCGCGCUAAUGUUUUAUUCUCCUUGAGCCCUCUUCCUCUUGUUAUAUUGACAGCCGGAACGACAUAUAACCAACCGUAGCUUGCGGGCUGAAUGGAAGAUAGCGAGAAAUGGAACCGAGUGGAAACGGGCCGGUCAAGGCCAUGUCGAGAAAUGAGAGAUAGCUGUAUCCAGACUGAUAGCAAAAUACAAGGUGAGCCAGGCAAUGGCCCAAGGUUGUCGAAGGUAAACCUGUUUACCUUGUUGAGUUUGUGGAUGGAGUUGUUCCCUCAGGAGCAACUUGAGGAAGAUGACACUAGCCAGAUGCAUGGGAUGGGUCUGGUGGUGGUGCGGGAAGGCAAGGUGGUGGGACUCCAUUGUUCAGGAACUGACCUCCAUGCAGGACAAGCAGCCAUCAUCCAACAUGGUGCCAGCCUGGCUGACUGUCAGCUGUAUUUCUCAAGGAGGCCUUGUGCAACCUGCCUAAAGAUGAUCAUCAAUGCUGGAGUUAGUCAGAUCUCUUUCUGGCCUGGGGACCCUGAGAUCAGCAUGCUGACAUCUGCACUUACAAACCAGACAAACUCCCACUCCUAUAGCCCACCUCACUCCAUCACCGAAGAGGCUGCGCUGGACGCCAUGGCAACAGAGAAGCUGAAGUCUAACAGUCGUCCUCACAUCUGCGUGCAGCUGCAGCCGCUGGCUCCUGGCUUGCUGCAGUUUGUUUAUGAGACAUCUAAAGAGUGUGAUUUUAUGGAGAGACUGACUGAAGAUGACCCAGAGCUGAACACAGAGGAACUCUUUAACAGAGAGCGCAUAAAACACCUGAGACAUUUCUCUAGACACUUUCUGGUUGGUACAUCUGAGCAGCACAAGCAUAUUUUGAUCCAAAUGGGUCUGGAGAAUUUCUGUGUGGAGCCCUACUUCUCCAACCUUAGACAUAACAUGAGGGAGCUGGUGGAAGUUCUAGCUGCCGUGGCAGCUGGGGUGCCACAGCAAAACUGUGGUUUCUACAGAGAGCAGAUGGCAACAUCAUUGCCUCCUCAUCAUGGGGAAGUGUCCCAAGAGGUGGCUCGCCACUGCAUCAUCCAGGCCCGGCUGCUGGAAUAUAGAACAGAAGACCCAAAGGUGGGUGUGGGUGCGGUUAUCUGGGCGAAAGGAAAAUCUGCUGGCUGUAGUGGAACAGGGUGUCUGUAUCUGGUGGGUUGUGGGUACAAUGCUUACCCUGCUGGCUCAAAGUACGCCGAGUACCCCCAGAUGGACAACAAGCAGGAAGACCGUCAGAGACGCAAAUACAGAUACAUUGUCCACGCAGAACAGAACGCACUCACCUUCAGGAUGCGAGACAUCAAACCGGAGGAGGCAGCCAUGUUGUUUGUAACCAAAUGUCCUUGUGACGAGUGCGUCCCUCUGAUCAAAGGAGCUGGGAUCACACACAUCUACACCUCAGACCAGGACAGGGACAAAGAUAAAGGAGACAUUUCUUACCUAAGAUUUAGCUUGCUGAAGGACAUCAACAAGUUUAUUUGGCAAAGGAGCCCUUCAGUUUCCUCAGUACCUUCUCACCUUGCCAAUGGUUGUAUUGGGAAGCACAGCAGGCAGACUGAGCAUGAGCACUACAGAAACAAGAAGCUGUGCACCAAAAGGUGCAGCGACUCUCCUGCCAGCUGAACAUCCAUCAUAGGAAGAUGUUUUUAGAGACUGUGCCACAGAUUUGAUGUUUCACAGCCGCAGUUGUUUCUUGCCUGAUUAUCAAGUCUGUUCCACAAAAUUUUACUGGACACUAGAUCUUAAAGGGACACAUCUAUGAAAGGAUGCAUAAAAGAUAAAAACAAGGAAAGAAGGUAGGAAAGAGAUACCACAAAAAUAAUAUAUUGCAAGUAGUUAUAUAAACUGUGAUGCAGCUUUAUUUUUCUAUGUAUGUGAGGACUAGUUGGGUAUGAAGACAAACAUAUUGUAAACAUGUGGAAAUAUAUGUAAAAGUUUUUUUUUAAUUAAGAGGAAAGGGCAUCUGUUAGGAUGCUCCUCAGAGUUGAAUAAGGGUUAAAAGAGCUACACGUGUCACUUUAAUUAUGUUCAUUUUCAUUUUUAAUGUGCAGGUUGUUGUGAGAAUAUUAAAAAAAAAAGUCUUUUAAAAUGUAGAAGGAAGAUUAUUAUAGUGUUGUAAUCCCACCUAGACAGAAGCAAAUUUAAAUAACAUAAAAUGUGGUUGAUUUCUUUGUAUUGAAAGUUUUUUUUCUGUUCCGUCCAUAUUACAAACAAGAUGCAACCUCAGAAAGACGGGUAAGAUAGUAGCUCUUAGAAAUCACAAGCUAUGAUGAAUAGAAAAGCUACAUGUAGCCGGGAUUUUGGGAAAUUUGGGAUUUUUCAAAUUACUGUACUACUAAGUUAACUUCCAUCUUUAUCAUUCUUUAUCUUCCUUUUUUUUCCCUGUUGUUCCAACAAGCAGUUCUCUAGUUAAAGGUGUAGAAAAGACACACAAAAUGCAUUCCCAUCCUUUUAUUUGUAGUGAAUAUGGUACAUUUGCAUCAAUGUGGAAACAAGGAGGCUGUUUUCAGAAAAGAUGAACGAGAUUUUAAUUACCAAAGUUGUUUAUUUGAGUUUGCCUCAACAGACUACAGCUGGUUGGUUUACAUUUGCAUCUGGUAUGAUGAAGCACUGUCACAGUUUAUAAUGUUCAAACUAGCUGGUGUUUUAUUUCUCACCCAAAACAAACAUGGAGAAUAGUUUUUAUUUUCCAUUCUUUUGCCAGUGAAAACAAAGGCUGUUCACAGGUUUACAGUUGUUACAGCCACCUUUCCGUCCGACUGCUGCUUUAAUUUCUAAUUGGAUUAAUUGUUUUUAUCAUGUGACGGUUAAGCAAUAAUUCAGCUUUAAUUUUCAGACUAAAUCACAAUUUUGCUUUAAGUCAAUGAUUAAAGCUACAAGCUGACAAACAAAAAGCAUAUUUAUUGGAAAAUAAAUAGAAAAAUUUUCAAACUUUA